AUGCAUGGGGUUAAGAAACGGUUGGAGAGCAGCAUCAGGAAUAGACGGACUACUCGAUUUUCUGUGUUUGACAAAAUAAGGAAUCUUCCAAGAUGUGAGAGCCCGGCCCCAAUACCUGAAGCACAGAAAAAAGUGGAGCACAGGAGGAUGCAGCUAGAAAAAUGGAAGGAGGAGAAAGAAAAGAAAAAGAAGGAGGCUUCUUUACAGAAGAAGAAACCAUUUGUAGCGGGAGUACCACACAACCCAUUGAAGUUUGUUCCUCCACCGCCACCCAAGCCCAUGCCCAGCACUUCAGGCAGAGUCACCCGAUCACAGUCAGCAAAGAACAACUCAGUUAACAAUGUGAAAAAACCUUCCAAGACCGAGGGGAAGUCCAAAAUGAUUGUCUCAUCGUUUGCACCAAAAAAUGCUGUAUUCCAUCCACCGGUACUGAAAAAUAUGGUUAAUUUACCAACACUAUCUGUUCCUAAGCAAGAGGAAAAGAAAGCAAACACUAAUAUGACUGAGAAAAAAAACAAAGAGCCCAAGAGUAAAAUUCUAAAAGACAAGGCAAAACAGAAUGAAUCCAGGGUACUUCGUAGUAGGCCUCAGUCAGACAAGGGCCAGGUUAAAACACAGGUUACUAAAAAUAAGAAAGCUGAUGCUAGCAUACAAUCUACCUCACACUCUUCAAGCAGUGUAGAAUCAAACAAUGAUGAGCCUGAAGCUACCAAAUCCCCAAAAUCUAGGACUCCUAGAAAAUCCUUACAAAAUAAACAAAACAUGGUUACCCCCAAAAAUGUGCCAAAGAGUGAAUCAAGUUCUGAAGAGAAAUUGAGAUCACCAAAACUGGUGGAAAUACCGAUGACUCCUGAACAGAUUGCCGAUGAAGCUAAGAAAAUAAGCCCCUGUGUGACACUCUCACGAGGCAAAGAUAACGCCAGGAGAGAGAUGAAGAAGAAGCUUGAAGAAGGUCUUUUAGACGAGGAUCUGUGUGAGAUGGAUAGUGUUGAACAUUUCCGUCGGCAGUUGGACUCAGAAAUUGCUCGCAUGACGGAAAUGUGUGAGGCUUGGGAGAAGAUCUCACAUCAAAUAACACUCCCGGAAACUGUUCAGGAGGCUGUGUUGUCAGCGGUGGGUCAGGCUCGUCUGCUGAUGUCUCAGAAGUUGCAGCAGUUUGCAUCUCUAUUGUCCCGCUGUGAACACCCCACACCUAACAGUGGGCUCGUCACACCAAGUGACCUUCACGGCUUCUGGGAUAUGGUGUUCAUGCAGAUAGAGAACGUUGAUAUGCGUUUCCGUAAGUUGGAGGAGUUGCGUUCUCGUGGAUGGAGUGAAGAUCAGCCUCCGACGCGGGUGAUACGCCCCGCCCCGAGGCCCGCCCGCCCUCAACCAGCCGCCCGCCCUGCACCAGCCGUCCGCCCUGGAAACAGCCGCCUAAAGGAUCUCAUAGCAGCGGCACGCAAAGCCAAGCAAGCCAAGUCCUCCGAGGAGGUUUCCACGGAGGAAAGUAAAACUAUAGACAUGGGCUUCUUCUGUAUUCAAUCUCCAGUGAAGUCUCCGCUACAGGUGACCCCGAGCAAACCCAGCUUGUUGAAGGCCGUGCUGUCUAAUGAAGCAGAGAAGUCUGCCAAUAGGAAGUCUGCAUCGUUUGCCAUGCUCCGAGCAUCACUCAUAGGACGCCAGGUAGAGAGUGAAGGAUCCAGUGAUGAGGAGCAUAAUCUGAUAACAUUCACUCCGGUGGACCUCGGAGCUACUCCCGGUCGCAGUAUACUCAAAAACAAACCGUCCACCAAGAAAUCGGCCAAGAAAUCUAUCAAAGUCGUGCUCUUCAACGAUUCUGAUACAGAGCUGCAGAACAAUUCAAUGAGCUCGGAGAAAACUCAUGAUGCAGAAGAUGUGAAGACCCAGGACGGACAGCAACUACAGACAGAACAGAACACAGACAGCGGGAUAUCGUCCAUGGAUAUAGAGAACGAUAUUGAGAAGGAAAACAAAGGAAGAAGGAGGUCCAGACUCACCAGGCAGGACGCUACGGAGGAGAGGAGCCCUGUCAUGACCAGGAGCAGGAGGAGGAGCAUACUGACACCCGGCAAGGAAGAAACGGCCAGGAAGAACAACACACUCAAAGAAGUCAACCUUGAACAUAUCACACCGAGGAGGUCCACACGGAAGAGUAUACAUGACCAACAAUGA